AGAUAAAUAGUGAGUUUGAAUAGAAGACACAUUUGCAAUUAGAAAUCUGUAGAAGGGUGAAUCGAAAAAUGACAGGAGAAGGAGUGAGUCUGAAUCACAUAUCUCGAGAAUCCACCGACAUUAACCGCCUCGCCAAAUUCUACCAAGAGAUUUUUGGAUUCGAGGAAGUAGAAAGUCCCAAGUUUGCAGAGUUUAAGGUUGUAUGGCUACGUCUUCCAUCAUCUUCACUUUAUCUUCAUCUCAUCGAGCGUAAUCCAUCUAACAAUCUUCCUGAGGGUCCGUGGAGUGCCGCUUCUCCCGUUAAAGACCCUUCCCAUCUUCCUAGAGGCCAUCAUCUCUGCUUCUCUGUCCCCAAUUUGCAAUCCUUUAUCCACACUCUCAAGGACAAGGGUAUUGAGACUUUUGAGAAAUCUCUGCCUGAUGGCAAAAUCAAACAAGUGUUCUUCUUUGACCCUGAUGGUAAUGGCUUGGAGGUUGCAAGCAAGGAAGACUCCUCCUAGUUACUUCGAUGUGCAUCUGUUAUGAUAUUGUAACUGUAGUCUAUAAUAGUAGUAUUAAUAAUGAUGCAUCUGUUAUUGGUAGCAUUUAAGGACACACCAAACAUAUGUUGCUUAAAGAUGCACUUGUAUUGUAAUGCACCUUUUUUAGUUUUGUUUUUCUUUUGCCACCAGUUAUUCAUAAAAUAAAGCUAGAUUUUGAUAA